AUGCCAGCAGCCGCACCACACUAUCAGCCGGGAAUUGAUUCAGCAACCACUGCUUCUCCUCUCCCCCUCCUCCCCUCCUCCCUCCACUCCCACCUCCACUUCCCCCUACCCCUCCUCCUCCUCCUCCUCUCCUCCUCCUCCUCCUCCUCCUCCUCCUCCUCCUCCUCCUCCUCCUCCUCCUCCUCCUCCUCCUCCUCCUCCUCCUCCUCCGACUCCUCCUCCGACUCCUCCUCCCCACCCCCCGCCCUCCUCAUCAUCCUCAUCUUCCUCCUCCUCAUCCCCUUCGCCCGAGAGUUUCCGAGAAGCUUCCACGCAGAGCGCCAGCGCCCAGCCAGCCUGGCGCUUGACGCUGACAUGGCAGUCGCGCCGGGCAGUGCCAGUGCAGCUGCUGCUGCGAGGACAGGUGGCGGCACGUGGCUGGCCGAGGGAGAGUCCAAGGGGGAUGGCGGGGUGGGUGGGGCGAUGGGGUCACCCCAGCCGUCCACUAGUGGGGGAGGUACAACUGAGGAAGUGGAGGAAGAAGAGGAAGAGGAGGAGGAAGAGGAAGAGGAGGAGGAAGAGGAGGUGAGGGAGGAG